AUAAAAAUCGCCAUCCUGGGGGACGAAGACAUCGCGCCGGAGCCGGAGGGGAAAAAAGGGUAGGAAUUAAGACUAAUAAUAAUAAUAAUAAUAAUAAAAUAAAUAGAAAUAAAUACAAAUAAAUACAAAUAAUGGUAAUAGAAAAUGAAAUAAUCAAAGAAAUAAUACAAAUAAAGGAGGACAAAGACAUCGCGCCGGAGCCGGAGGGGAAAACAGGGUAGGAAUUAAUAAUAAUAAUAAUAAUAAUAAUAAUAAUAAAAAUAAUAGAAAUAAAUACAAAUAGUGGUAAUAGAAAAUGAAAUAAUCAAAGAAAUAAUGCAAAUAAAAAUCGCCAUCCGGGGGGACGAAGACAUCGCGCCGGAGCCGGAGGGGAGAAAAGGGUAGGAAUUAAUGCUAAUAAUAUUAAUAAUAAUAAUAAUAAUAAAAAUAAUAGAAAUAAAUAGAAAUAAAUGCAAAUAAUGCUAAUAGUAAAUGAAAUAAUCAAAGAAAUAAUACAAAUAAAGGGGGAGAAAGACAUCGCGCCGGAGCCGGAGGGGAAAAAAGGGUAGGAAUUAAGGCUAAUAAUAAUAAUAAAAAUAAUAAAAAUAAUAAAAAUAAAUACAAAUUGUGAUAAUAGAAAAUGAAAUAAUCAAAGAAAUGAUACGACUCAUGGGGGACGAAGUCAUCGCGCCGGAGCCGGAGGGGAGAAAAGGGUAGGAAUUAAGGCUAAUAAUAAUAAUAAUAAUAAUAAUAAUAAAAAUAAUAGAAAUAAAUGCAAAUAAAUACAAAUUGUGAUAAUAGAAAAUGAAAUAAUCAAAGAAAAAAUACAAAUAAAGGGGGAGAAAGACAUCGCGCCGUAGCCGUAGGGUAAAAAAGGGUAGGAAUUAAUACUAAUAAUAUUAUUAAUAAUAAUAAAAUAAAUAUAAAAUAAAAAUAAUAUAAUAAUAAAAUAAAAAUCAUAAAAUAAAAAUAAUAGAAAUAAAUACAAAUAAAUACAAAUAAUGGUAAUAGUAAAUGAAAUAAUCAAAGAAUACAAAUAAAAAUCAUCAUCAUUAGGUUAUCAUUGGAAUCAUUCCCAUUCUCUUGGUAAUGAGAAUUAGAAUGGUAAAGAUCAACAUCACGAUCGUUAUUGAUAACGAUCUUCUUGAUCGCUGGGACGAUAAUGACAAUCGUUAAUUCUAGUCAUCGUUCUAGAUUUAUAAUUAGAUUGUAAAUGGUGAUUUAGAAAUAAAUCAUAUGUAAUUAAAUCCUCUACAAAUGGUCUAGAAUGAACCCUAAAUUAUAAAUUAUCAUUACCGUUUGAUAAUUUUGAUUCUAACGAUCAUUGUAACGAUAGUAAAUAAUAAAUAAUAAAUAAUAAAUAAUACAUAAUAAUAAUAAAUAAUAAUGAAUAAUAAAUAAUAAAUAAAUAAUAAAAAUAAUAAAUAAUAAAUAAUAAAUAAUAAAUAAAUAAUAAUAAAUAAAUAAUAAAUAAUAAAUAAUAAAUUAUUAUAGUGGCGAUUCUAAUGAUUCUAAUUUAACUGCGACUGUAAUUACUAAUUUCAUUUCAUUACAACGAUCGUUCUCGUCACUUCCCGUUCCAGCCCCCCCUCCCCGUCGUUAAGGUCGGUCCCGCCGGAACCUUCCGGAAACCGGGCGCCGGCCCCCCGGCCCCCGGCGCCCGGCGAGGAGUCGGAGAGCGACCCCGAGGGGCCGGUGGCGGCGCAGAUGCUCUCCUUCGUCAUGGACGACCCCGAGUUCGAGAGCGACGCCUCGGCCGACGCCCGGGGGGUAAGUGGGCGCCGGGUGCGGGGGAACUACAACUCCCAGAAGCCUUUGGGGGGGGAGAGGGCGCCUUGGAAGCCUCAAACUACGUUUCCCAGAAUCCUUUGGGGGACUAGCCUCAAACUACACCUCCCAGUAUCCUUUGGGGGACUAGAAGCCUCAAACUACAACUCCCAGAAUCCUUUGGGGGACUAGAAGCCUCAAACUACAACUCCCAGACUCCUUUGGGGGACUAAGGGCGCCUUAGAAGCUUCAAACUACAUCUCCCAGAAUCCUUUGGGGGACUAGAAGCCACAAACUACAACUCCCAGACUCCUUUGGGGGACUAGAAGCCUCAAACUACAACUCCCAGACUCCUUUGGGGGACUAGAAGCCUCAAACUACAACUCCCAGACUCCUUUGGAGGACUAGAAGCCACAAACUACAACUCCCAGAAUCCUUUGGGGGACUAGAAGCCUCAAACUACAACUCCCAGAAUCCUUUGGGGGAAUAGAGGGCGCCUUAGAAGCCACAAACUACAACUCCCAGACUCCUUUGGGGGACUAGAAGCCUCAAACUACAACUCCCAGACUCCUUUGGAGGACUAGAAGCCACAAACUACAACUCCCAGAAUCCUUUGGGGGACUAGAAGCCUCAAACUACAACUCCCAGAAUCCUUUGGGGGAAUAGAGGGCGCCUUAGAAGCCACAAACUACAACUCCCAGUAUCCUUUGGGGGACUAGAAGCCUCAAACUACAACUCCCAGAAUCCUUUGGGGGACUAGAAGCCUCAAACUACAUCUCCCAGAAUCCUUUGGGGGGCUAGAGGGCGCCUUAGAAGCCUCAAACUACAUCUCCCAGAAUCCUUUGGGGGACUAGAAGCCUCAAACUACAACUCCCAGAAUCCUUUGGGGGACUAGAAGCCACAAACUACAACUCCCAGACUCCUUUGGGGGACUAGAAGCCUCAAACUACAAAUCCCAGAAUCCUUUGGGGGACUAGCCUCAAACUACAACUCCCAGAAUCCUUUGGGGGGCUAGAGGGCGCCUUAGAAGCCUCAAACUACAACUCCCAGACUCCUUUGGGGGGCUAGAGGGCGCCUUAGAUGACUCAAACUACGUUUCCCAGAAUCCUUGGGGGAGUAGAAGCCUCAGACUACAACUCCCAGAAUCCUUGGGGGACUAGAAGCCUCAAACUACAACUCCCAGACUCCUUUGGGGGGCUAGAGGGCGCCUUAGAUGACUCAGACUACAUCUCCCAGAAUCCUUUGGGUGCCUUAGAAGCCUCAAACUACAACUCCCAGACUCCUUUGGGGGGCUAGAAGCCACAAACUACAACUCCCAGACUCCUUUGGGGGACUAGAAGCCUCAGACUACAUCUCCCAGACUCCUUUGGGGGACUAGAAGCCACAAACUACAACUCCCAGACUCCUUUGGGGAGCUAGAAGCCUCAAACUACAUUUCCCAGAAUCCUUGGGGGACUAGAAGCCUCAAACUACAACUCCCAUAAUUCUUUGGGGGACUAGCCUUAAACUACAUCUCCCAGACUCCUUUGGGGAGCUAGAAGCCUCAAACUACAUCUCCCAGAAUCCUUUGGGGGGCUAGAGGGCGCCUUAGAUGACUCAAACUACACCUCCCAGAAUCCUGUGGGGGACUAGAAACCUCAAACUACGUCUCCCAGAAUCCUUUGGGGAAAUAAUAAGGAAAGGGGAAUAGAGCGCCUUAGAAGCCUCAAACUACACCUCCCAGAAUCCUUUGGGGAACUAGAAGCCACAAACUACAACUCCCAGACUCCUUGGGGGGCUAGAGGGCGCCUUAGAAGCCUCAAACUACGUUUCCCAGAAUCCUUUGGGCGCCUUAGAAGCCUCAAACUACAACUCCCAUAAUUCUUUGGGGGACUAGCCUUAAACUACAUCUCCCAGACUCCUUUGGGGGGCUAGAGGGCGCCUUAGAUGCCUCAAACUACAACUCCCAGAAUCCUUUGGGGGAAAUAAUAAUAAAAGGGGACUAGAGCGCCUUAGCAGCCUCAAACUACAACUCCCAGAGUCCUUUAGGGGACUAGAAGCCUCAAACUGCAACUCCCAGAAUCCUUUGGGGGAAUAGAGGGCCCCUUAGAAGCCUCAAACUACGUUUCCCAGAAUCCUUUAGGGACUAGAAGCCUCAAACUACAACUCCCAGAAUCCUUUGGGGGACUAGAAGCCUCAAACUACAUCUCCCAGAAUCCUUUGGGGGGCUAGAGGGCGCCUUAGAUGCCUCAAACUACAACUCCCAGAGUCCUUUAGGGAACGAGAGGGCGCCUUAGAAGCCUCAAACUACAUUUCCCAGAAUCCUUUGGGGGACUAGAAGCCUCAAACUACAACUCCCAGAAUCCUUUGGGGGGCUAGAAGCCUCAGACUACAUCUCCCAGAAUGCUUUAGGCGCCUUAGAUGCCUCAAACUACAACUCCCAGACUCCUUUGGGGGACUAGAAGCCUCAAACUACAACUCCCAGACUCCUUUGGGGGGCUAGAAGCCUCAAACUACACCUCCCAGAAUCCUUUGGGGGACUAGAAGCCUCAAACUACACCUCCCAGACUCCUUUGGGGGACUAGAAGCCUCAAACUACAACUCCCAGAAUCCUUUGGGGGGCUAGAAGCCUCAAACUACACCUCCCAGAAUCCUUUGGGGGACUAGAAGCCUCAAACUACAUCUCCCAGAAUCCUUUGGGGGACUAGAAGCCUCAAACUACAACUCCCAGACUCCUUUGGGGGACUAGAAGCCUCAAACUACAUCUCCCAGAAUCCUUUGGGGGACUAGAAGCCUCAAACUACAACUCCCAGACUCCUUUGGGGGACUAGAAGCCUCAAACUACAUCUCCCAGAAUCCUUUGGGGGGCUAGAAGCCUCAAACUACAUUUCCCAGAAUCCUUGGGGGGAAAUAACAAGGAAAGGGGACUAGAGCGCCUUAGCAGCCUCAAACUACAUUUCCCAGAAUCCUUUGGGGGAAUAGAAGCCUCAAACUACGUCUCCCAGAAUCCUUUGGGGAAACAAUAAGGAAAGGGGACUAGAGCGCCUUAGAAGCCUCAAACUACGUUUCCCAGACUCCUUUGGGGGACUAGAAGCCUCAAACUACAACUCCCAGACUCCUUUGGGGAGCUAGAAGCCUCAAACUACAUCUCCCAGAAUCCUUUGGGGGGGCUAGAGAGCGCCUUAGAUGCCUCAAACCACAUCUCCCAGAAUCCUUUGGGGGACUAGAAGCCUCAAACUACAACUCCCAGACUCCUUUGGGGGACUAGAAGCCUCAAACCACAACUCCCAGAAUCCUUUGGGGAAACAAUAAGGAAAGGGGACUAGAGCGCCUUAGCAGCCUCAAACUACAUUUCCCACAAUCCUUGGGGGGAAACCCUAAGGAACGCUCUCUUCUCCCAGCCUCCUUUGCAGGACCACUUCCCCGCCCUCUCGGACCUAUCGGACGCCUCGGACCCCGGCCCGGCCCCGCCCACCCCGCCCCCGGCCCCCGCCUCCCCGCCUUCCGGCCGAAGGACGAGCGGAUCUCUUUGGGCUGGGAUUGGAGGAGCCGGCGCGGCGGAAGGAGAGCAGCGAGGAAGGUGAGCAAGCUUGAGAGUCGCACAGGACUCUUCCUCAAUCCGAAUUACCAAUUGGAUCAUUUGGUCUUUUUAUUCUAUUGUAUGAUGCGCAAGCUUUAGAGUCACACAGGACUCUUCAUUAGUUCAAAUUCUCAAUUUGAUUAUUUGGUAUUUUUAUUUUAUGGUAUUGUGCGCAUGCUUUAGAGUCACACAGGACUCUUCCUCAAUCCGAAUUACCAAUUGGAUUAUUUGGUAUUCUUAUUUUAUGCAAUGGUGCGCAAGCGUUAGAGUCACACAGGAUUCUUCAUUAGUUCAAAUUCUCAAUUGGAUCACUUUGUCUUUUAAUUUUAUGGUAUUGUGCGCAAGCUUUAGAGUCACACUGGACUCUUCAUCAAUCCGAAUUACCACUUGAAUUAUUUGGUAUUUUUAUUCUAUUGUAUGAUGCGCAAGCUUUAGAGUCACACAGGACUCUUCCCCAUUGGAAUUACCAAUUGGAUCAUUUGGUAUUUUUAUUCUAUUGUAUGAUGCGCAAGCUUUAGAGUCACACAGGACUCUUCCCCAUUGGAAUUACCAAUUGGAUCAUUUGGUAUUUUUAUUCUAUUGUAUGAUGCGCAAGCUUUAGAGUCACACAGGACUCUUCCUCAAUCCGAAUUACCAAAUUGGAUUAUUUGGUAUUUUUAUUUUAUGCAAUGAUGAGCAAGCUUUAGAGUCACACAGGACUCUUCCCCGUUGAAAUUAUCGAUUUUAUUAUUUGGUAUUUUUAUUUUAUGCAAUGGUGCGCAAGCUUUAGAGUCACACAGGGCUAUUGACCAAUUUGAUUUCUUUGUAUUUUCAUUUUAUACUACGAUGAGCAAGCUUUAGAGUCACACAGGACUCUUCCCCAUGUGGAAUUACCAAUUUGAUUGUAUGGUAUUUUUAUCUUAUGCUCUGGUGCGCAAGCUUUAGAGUCGCACAGGACUCUUCACCACUGUACUAAAAUAUAUUAAUACAAUAUACUAAAAUAAAAUAAUGAUGUAAUAUACUAAAAUAAUAUAAGAAGAUAAUAUAUAUACUGAGUUAAUAUAAUAUACUAAAAUAAUAUACGAAUAGAAUAAAAUGAAAUAAUAUACGAAAAUAAUAUAUCAAUACAACAUACUAAAAGAAUAUAAUAUAUUAAUACAAUAUACUAAAAUAAAAUAAUGAUGUAAUACACUAAAAUAAUAUAAGAAUAGAAUAAAAUGAAAUAAUAUACGAAAAUAAUAUCACAUAAUAGAAUAAAAUAAAUAUGAAUAUAAUAAUAUACUAAAUUUAUAUAAUAUAUUAAUACAAUAUACUAAAAUAAUAUGAUAUAUUAAUACACUAUAUUAAAAUAUAUUAAUAUAUUAUACUAAGAUAAUAUAUUAAUAAACUAUAUUAAAAUAUAUUAAUACAAUAUACUAAAAUAAAAUAAUGAUGUCAUAUACUAAAAUAAUAUAAGAUAAUAUAUAUACUGUUAAUAUAAUGUCCUAAAAUAAUAUACGAAUAGAAUAAAAUGAAAUAAUAUACGAAAAUAAUAUCACAUAAUAUAAUAAAAUAAAUAUGAAUAUAAUAAUAUACUAAAAUUAUAUAAUAUAUUAAUACAACAUACUAAAAUAAUAUAAUAUAUUAAUACACUGUAUUAAAAUAUAUUAAUACAAUAUACUAAAAUAAUAUAAUAUAUUAAUACACUCUAUUAAAAUAUAUUAAUACAAUAAACUAAUAUAAUAUAAUAUAUUAAUACACUAUAUUAAAAUAUAUUAAUACAAUAUACUAAAAUAAAAUAAUAUAUUAAUACACUAUAUUAAAAUAUAUUAAUACAAUGUACUAAAAAAAAAUAACGAUGUAAUAUACUAAAAUAAUAUAAGGAGAUAAUAUAUAUACUGAGUUAAUAUAAUAUCCUAAAAUAAUAUACGAAUAGAAUAAAAUGAAAUAAUAUACGAAAAUAAUAUGACAUAAUAUAACAAAACAAAUAUGAAUAUAAUAAUAUAAAAUAAACAAAAUAAUAUAAUCAAAGAAAAGGAUAGAAAAAAGGAAAUUAAACGGCUAUAAUUUUCCCUCCAGAUCCGCCUUCCAAGGAGAAGAAGAAGAAGAAGAAGCGGAGCAGCAAAGAGGUAGGGCGGCCCCUCCCCUUUGGGAACCUUAGCGCGGCCGGGCGCCGCAGGAAGUGCCCGCCCCCAACUUCCUGCCUCUUUCCCCCCGCAGGAAGAGAAGAAGAAGAAGACCCGCCCCAAGAAGCCCAAGGAGGAAGCGGAGGGCGCCGGGCGCAGGAAGGGGCGGGCCAAAGCCAAGGCCAGCCCCUUGGACGAGCUGGAGGCCUUCCUGGGGGCGGGGCCGGCCCGGGGGGGCGGGGACUACGAGGAGCUCUAGCCCCGCCCACUUCCUGGAAACGAGCCCCGCCCCCCACUUUCGGACGGACGCCGCCGCUGCUUUUUGACGGACGGAUCUGCCUGGGGGCGGGACUUCCUGCGGCGCAUGCGACCCCGCCCCUUUGUUUGCGUUGCUGUGACCCCGCCUCUCCCGUCGCCGUGGAGACUUUGUGCUGCUUCCGGGGGGCGGCGCCGGAGGGACAGGAGGUCCCGCCCCCUCACUUCCUGCUUUGGGGACCACGCCCCGUUUCCGGGCGCAUGGAACAGACUCAGGUAUCUUUCCCUCCCUCUUUCCGGACUGGUUGAUCCCGCGAGAAAAGGGGGCGUGGGAAAAGAGGGGCCGGCGCUUCCCCUUCCUGUCCCCCACUUCCUCUUCCUCCACUUCCUGUUUGGCUCCGUUUCCCUCUUCUUCCCUCGGUUUCCCCUCUUUCUCCUUUGGGCCUGGCAUUCUCUUCCUCUUCCCCCUCUCUGCUCCUUCCUUCCUUCCUUCCUUCCUUCUUUCUUUUCCUUCCCUCUCUCCUUCCUCCCUUCCUUCCUUGCUUCCUCCCCUUUCCCCUUCUUCCACUUCCUUUUCAACAUCCUCCUUCCCUCUACCUUUUCUCUUCAUCUCAUCUAUUUCCUCUUCUCCCUUCCUCUUCCUCUUCCCUCUCCCAAUUUCCCUCAUUCCUCUUUCUCCUCCUCUCCUCCUACCUUCUUUCCUUCCUUUCCUCUUCCUUUCUCUCCUUCCUCUUCCUUUCCAUUCCUCUUCCCUCUCCCAAACUCCCUUAUUUCCUCCUUUCCUAUUUCUCCUCCCCUUCCUCCUCUCUCCCUCCCUUCCUUUUCCUCUUCCUUUCUCUCCUUCUUCAUCUUUCCUCUUCCUUUCCAUUCUGCCUCUUUCCUUUCCCAUUUCCCCUCAUUUCCUUUUUCUCCUCCCCUUCCUUUUCCUUUCUUUCCCUCCUUCCUCUUUCCUCUCCCAAUUUCCCUCAUUUCCUUUUUCUCCUCCCCUUUCUCUCCUUCCUUCCUUCCAUCUUUCCUUUUCCUCUUCCUUUCCUCCCUCCCUCCCUUCUCUUUCCUUGUCCCCCUUCCUUCCUUCCAUCCAUUUCCUCUUCCCUUCCCCCCUUCCUUUUCCUCCUUCCUUUCCCUUCUUCCUCUUUCCUCUCCCACUUUCCCUCAUUUCCUCUUUCUUCCCCUCCUUUCCCUUCUUCAUCUUUCCUCUUCCUUUCCUCCUUCCUCUUUUCCCAUUUCCCUCAUUUCCUUUUCCUCUUUCUCCUCCCCUUCCUUUUCCUUUCCCUCCUUCCUCUUUCCUCUCCCAAUUUCCCUCAUUUCCUUUUCCCCUUUCCUUCUUCAUCCUUCCUCAUCCUUCCCCUCCUUCCUCUUUUCCCAUUUUCCCUCCUUUCCUUUUCCCCUUCCUUCCUUCCUUCCUUCCUUCCCCUCCUUCCUUUUUUCCCAUUUUCCCUCCUUUCCUUUUCCCCUUCCUUCCUUCCUUCCUUCCUUCCUUCCAUCCAUCUUUCCUUUUCCUCUUCCUUUCCUUCCUCCCUCCCUUCUCUUUCCUUGUCCCCUUUCCUUCCAUCCAUCCAUUUCCUCUUCCCUUCCCCUCUUCUUCUUCCCCUCCUUCCCUUCUUCAUCCUUCCUCUUCCUUCCCCUCCUUCCUCUUUUCCCAUUUCCCUCAUUUCCUUUCCCCUUCCUUCCUCCCUCUUCCUCCCUUCUUCUUCCUCCUUCCUUUCCCUCCUU